UCGUUCUGCGUGAUUAGCAGCAAGUUGAGGAAUCUUGAUCAUGCAUCAAGUCUGAACUACCCUCAGCUCUCUGCACUCACUGAAAAUUCAUGCUGGUUGGCAACAGACAGAUCCAAUGUUUCACACGCAGUGCAUUCUCAUCCAAGGUAUAAAUGCCAUGCCAUGCCAUGCUUGCCUGGUUGCGCUGGGUGGGCGGCCAUGGACGUGACCUUCGUGUGCUCGUCGGGCGAGGCGCCGUUCAAGAUGGAGGUGGGCUUCUUCGACACCGUCCAGGACAUCAAGCACAAGCUCCAGGAGCGCAACGGCUGGCCCGCCGCCGCCCUGUCCCUCUUCCACGACGGCGACGCGCUCGUGGACGACGACGGCGCCGGCGCCGCCGGCGUCACCGAGCGGUACGGCGUCGUGGAGGGCUCCGUCAUCCACGUCGCCCUCGACGGCGACGACAGGCGGCCGCGUCAGGAGAAGAAGAGUGGGAUCAGGAGGCCAAAGGCCAGGCGGGACGGCGUCGUCGCGCCGGCGCCGCUGCGGGUGACGGUGGUGUCGCGGUGCGGCGCGGGGCGCGUGGAGGUGGCGGUGCGCGCGCGCGGCGCUGUGUCGGCGCUGCGCCGGGAGCUGGAGCGGGGCGCGGCGUCCGGGUCCGGGUUCCCGCUGCCCGCGGACGGCGGCUACUUCUUCAUACACGGGCAGAGCGUGAUGGACGAGGCGCGGUCGUUCGAGUGGCACGGCGUGGCCGCCGGCGACGAGGUCGUCGUCUUCGAAGGCUCCGUCACCAGGCCCCCGGCGUGCUGAACGGGCGCCCGCCUGGACUGCAAAUCUGUUAGCGCGGGAAGAUUUUUUCAAACUUUGCUUUUGCAUCAAACAACUUUACCCCAACACCAAAAUUCGUAGCUUCAAACUACUAGGGCAUUUUUUUUAUCCUCUUGAGAAGAUAAAUGGUGAUACUAUUCAGCUGACGUCCACUGUCCUCCGGGAAGGGAUGGCAAAUCAAACGUUUUUUAUGUCAA